CGAAGAGGACAAGCGCAGAGACGCAGCUGCCUGUCAGUUUCUACCCUGCUCCUAGUUCCUGAGCACCCGGCGAUGAUCCAGGCGUGAGUCGUGAAUGCACACCGACGGACAGAUCGUUCGCUAUUGCAGGAAAAGCAGCCUGUCCUGCUAAUGUUUCGUCAUCAGCCGUGGUUCUAAGCAUCACCUCAGGAGGUUCUAAUCAGAGCAACAUGCUGCACCUCACUGUGCUCCUCCUUUUCCUCCUGUCCCUCACUUUCCCCUCCACGGAUGCAUCUGUCUUCGGAGGGGAACCUGGUUUCUACGGAGACGAUGCUACAGGUUACGGGCCGGUGUUUGAGGAUCAGCCGGUCGAAACCAUCUACCCCGAGGAGUCGCCUGAGGCCAAAAUCACCAUGAGCUGUCGAGCACGAGCCAACCCACCUGCCACAUACCAGUGGAGGUUGAACAGCCGGAGCAUAGACCUGGAUGGUGAUAACCAUUACACUCUGGUCGGGGGCGACCUGGUCAUCUCUAACCCCAUCAAGAACAAACACGUUGGGAACUACUCCUGUGUGGCCACCAACGACUACGGCACUGUGGUCAGCCGAGAGGCUGGCGUCCGGUUUGGAUACCUGGACUUCUUCUCCUCUGAGGAAAGAGAGGCGGUGCACGUGAAGGAGGGCCAGGGGGCAGUCCUGCUCUGCGCUCCUCCUCCGCACUACCCACACGAGCUGUCAUUCCGCUGGAUUCUGAAUGAGUUCCCCAUCUUCAUCACGCUGGAUAAACGUCGCUUUGUCUCCCAGACUACAGGGAACCUCUACAUCUCAAAGGUGGAUUUAUCAGACAGUGGCAACUACUCCUGCUUCGUCUCCAGUGCCUCCAUCGCCAAGAGCGUCUUCAGCAAGUUCAUCCCCCUCGUCCCCCUGACUGAACGUCCAAUCAGGAAAUACCCCGCUGACAUCAAAGUCAAGUUCCCAGACACUUACGCACUGGUGGGACAGAAUGUCACAAUGGAAUGCUUCGCCCUGGGAAACCCCAUCCCUCAGAUCCGCUGGAAGAAGAUGAACGGAGAGCUGCCGUCCAAUCACGACGUCAGCAUGGCGGGGGCCCACCUCCACCUGUACAACGUGCAGUAUGAGGACGAGGGGACAUACGAGUGUGAGGCCCUCAACUCCAAAGGAAAGGACUGGCACAGGGCACGCGUCUCUGUAGAAGGAUUCCCGGAGUGGACCGAGUCCAUCAACAGCACAGAGAAGGACAUCAGUAGUGACUACACCAUGUCCUGUGUGGCUAGCGGCAAGCCCAAACCCCACGUGCAAUGGCUCAAGAACAGCUAUGCCUACGAUAAGCGUGAUUUGAGGUUCAGUGGUCUGACGUUUAAGGACUCUGGGAUGUACCAGUGUAUAGCAGAGAAUCGCCAUGGAGUCAUCUAUGCUAACGCAGAGCUGCGAGUGAUUGCGUGCGCCCCUACGUUUGAGCACAACCCUGUGAAGUGGAGGAUUCUGGGAGCUAAGAACGGCAGAGUGGUCAUAGAGUGUAAACCUAAAGCAGCUCCCAAACCCUCGUUCUCCUGGAGCAAGGGCACUGAACUGCUCUUCAACUCUACCAGGGUGUUAAUCUGGGAGGAUGGUAGUCUGGAAAUUCUGAAUGUGACCGAAGCAGACGAGGGGCGUUACACCUGCUUUGCUGAGAACAAUCGGGGCCAGGCCAACAGCACAGGCUCCCUCUCCAUCACAGAGGCCACUAAGAUCACCUUGGCUCCUUCCAACGCAGACGUGACGGUGGGGGAGAGUACCCACAUGCAGUGUGCCGCGUCACAUGACUCCACGCUGGACAUCACAUUCGUCUGGACCCUGGACGCCCACUCCAUCGACUUCGACCGGGAGGGAUCCCACUAUGAACGCAACCUGAAUGGUGGUUCCAGUGGAGAGCUGCUCAUUAAGAACACCCAGCUGAAGCAUUCUGGACGUUACACCUGCACCGCCCAGACCCCUGUGGACAACGUCACCGCAUCCGCCAAUCUGGUGGUCAGAGGUCCGCCUGGGUCUCCAGGUGGGGUGCGCGUGGAGGAGAUCAGGGAUAAGAGUGUGCGUCUGAUCUGGAGCCGAGGUACAGACAACCACAGCCCCAUCUCUAAAUACACUAUCCAGUGCCGGGACUCUUUCUCUCAGGAGGACUGGCGAGACGCCACCACAUCCCCUCCAGAUGUGGAAGGAAAUGCAGAGUCGGCCACGGUGGUGGACUUGUUUCCCUGGACAGAGUAUGAGUUCAGGGUGAUAGCCACCAACACCCUGGGGACAGGAGACCCCAGCAGCCCCUCUCCCAAAGUCACCACGCUGGAGGCAGUUCCUGUGGUGGCGCCCUCAGACAUCGGCGGCGGCGGCGGGACCAGCAGGGAGCUGACCAUAACUUGGACGCCAGUGCAGCCACAGUACUACUAUGGACGUAACUUUGGCUACAUAAUCGCCUUUAAGCCCCGGGAUGGCUACGAGUGGAGGAAGGUGACUGUGGCAGACCCCGGGGCUAAACACUACGUCCACAAAGACUCGUCCAUCCUCGCCUCCACAGAGUUUGAGGUCAAAGUGAAGGCCUUCAACAGCAAAGGGGAAGGACCCUAUAGUCUCAUGGCUGUCAUCUACUCUGCGCAGGACGUGCCAUCUAAAGCCCCGACUAGUGUGGGGGCCAGGGCGCUGUCCGCCACUGAGGCCAUCGUGUGGUGGCUUCCUGUCACCCAGCACACUGUAGAAGGCUACCAGGUGCGGUACUGGAGGAAGGCGGAGGACAGCGAGACAUCCAGUCAGAGGGUGGUGUUGUCCAGCAGAGAGAACCAGACCAGGCUGGAUAACAUGAGGCCAGACUCCCACUACCUCAUAGAGGUCAAGGCCUACAAUGCAGCCGGAUACGGACCCCCCAGCCAACACUUACAGAUCUACACCAAGAAAGCCCCCCCGAGCCGGCCUCCUAAAAUAAUCAGUAAAAAGCUGAAAGGCACAUCAGUGAAUAUCGCCUGGGAACAUGUUGAGCCCUUGGCCAACGAGUCAACAAUAGAUGGCUACAAGGUCCUGUACAGGCAGGCCAGCAAAUCCACUGGGAUGCUGUUUACCACUGGGAAGCGGUCCAUAGACCUGCCCAUGCACAAGGAUGGGGACUACAUAGUGGAAGUCAGGGCUCACAGCGAGGGAGGGGACGGGGCUGUGGCCCAAAUACGCAUCUCAGGUGGAGGCGUCAUGGCUACCAAGUCCCUCAGCUUGGCCUCCCUCCUCCUGGUGGCUCUGCUCUGCAUGAGGGGCCUCUGAAUGUAGCGCCAUCGUUCUCCGUCUUCACUGUCCAGUCCAGUGAAGGAGACUCUGUGAAGUUGACGCCUAACUAUGACAACUUUGGUUUCCAUAACCUUUGGUUUCACCUUGCAGGCCC